CUCAGCUUGUCAUCUCUGCAUCUCCUCUCAUCUGCUGCUGUUUUCUGUGUGAGAUGAGUUCUACUGGCGAGAUGGCAGAGGCCAUUGAACUCAGUACCAGGGAGCACGUGACCCCGGAGAUGAACAAGCUUCGUCAGAGCCUGAGGAGGAAGAAGCCCACCUAUGUGCCAGAGGCCAGCAGACCGCAUCAGUGGCAGGCUGACGAGGAGGCUGUACGCAAGGGCAAAUGUAACUUUGCUGUGCGGUACCUGGGUUUGGUGGAGGUGGAAGAGUCGAGAGGGAUGCAUGUAUGUGAGGAGGCGGUGAAAAAGCUAAAAGUUAGUGGGAAAAAGACAGUGAAGGCAGUGUUGUGGGUUUCAGCUGAUGGACUAAGGGUGGUGGAUGAUAAAACUAAGGACCUCAUUGUGGACCAGACCAUAGAGAAGGUUUCAUUCUGCGCUCCUGAUCGAAACUAUGACAAGGCCUUCUCCUACAUCUGCCGAGACGGGACCACCAGACGGUGGAUGUGCCACUGCUUUAUGGCUCUCAAGGACUCGGGAGAGAGACUGAGCCAUGCAGUUGGCUGUGCCUUUGCUGCCUGUCUGGAGAGGAAGCAGCGCAGGGAGAAGGAGUGCGGCGUGACGGCCUCCUUUGAUGCCACUCGCACUUCAUUUGUACGAGAGGGCUCCUUCCGAGCCAACGCUGCCUGCAGCAGCAGCGAGCGAGAUGACAAACUGCAGGAGAAGAAGAAAGACCAACCUUCUGCUAUCCCUGCCCUGCCACCUGGCACUGCCUCCCCACCCGAGGGUGCGGCGUCCCCCAUGGAGCGCCCAGAACCUGGCGGGCCUCACGCCAUCCCUCGCCGCCACGCGCCCAUCGAGCAGCUGGUGCGUCAAGGCUCGUUCCGGGGAUUCCCUGCCCUCAGCCAGAAAAACUCUCCCUUCAAAAGGCAGCUGUCGCUCCGCCUCAAUGACCUGCCAUCCACGCUGCAACGCAAGACUGACUUCCAGGCCAAGAACCCUGAGAUGGAUAUGGGGAUGCCGGGCGAAGGAGACAGUAGUAUUAAUGCCCUGUGUAGCCAGAUCAACGCCUCUUUCACCAAUCCGUCAGAGGAGCUCUUCUCCAACCCCUCUUCGUCUGCAAACGGCCCGCAGACCUGCACUGUGCCCCCUGUCCUGCCUCCACCACCUGCACCAAUGCAAGCCACGUCUUCCUGGGUGCAGCCGGAGCCCCAGCUCCACUCUCCUCCUCCGGUCUCAGUGGCGAUGCAGAUCCAGAUGCAGAUGCACAUGCAGAGCGGACACAGACGCACACCCUCCGAGGCAGAGAGAUGGCUGGAGGAGGUCUCCAAGGCUGUCAAGGCUCAACAAUCCCCUCCUCCAGGCCCCACCAUCCCCACCAUCCCUGGACCGCCAUCUGUGUUGAGUCACCAGGUGUCCAGUCAGGCAUCAGCUGCCCCAAUUUCUACCAUCUCCAUGCCGCUUUGCACCAUGCCCAAACCCCUCAUCACAGGCCCCUGUGCUCUCUCAGGUCAGGCCCCAAUGCCCCUCCCACCCAUGUCGAUAUCAUCAGUUCCUCUAAUACCAGGCCCUCCAGUGUCAGGCCCCCCGAUGUCUCUACCUUCUAUGUCCAUCCCCACCAUGUCAGGUCCAAGCAUGACAGGGGCAUCCAUGAUCCAGCCCUCCCUCCCCGGGCUCCCAGGCUCCCUCCCAAGCACCAUGCAACCCUUCCCCCUGGCCUUCGAUUCUACUCCGGCCCCUGUGGGGAUGUUUGGCAGCCCGCCUGUCCAACCUGCUUUCGUGCCCAUGCAGACCUACAUGCCAGGCCUGGCUAGCAGUAUGACCUACCCCAACGCCAGUGUGCCUGUGGUAGGAAUCACGCCAUCACAAAUGGUGGCCAAUGUUUUCUGCACUGCCACUGGCUCAUCUGGUGCUGGAGGUGCCAUUGGCUCUGCCGUAGGAGGACCCAAGGUGGGGCCACUUGGAACAGCUGUCCAGCACCAUUCCUACCCAGCAGCAGCUGGUACAGUUGGGCACAUUGGAGGGUUUUCCACACCGCCAUUCUCUUCUACUCCACCACUAUCAACAGCCCUUAAUGGCCUCCCACCACUCGGCAGCGCCACGAUGGCCCUUCAGAACGGGACCUCCAGCAGUGGGGGGAAUGGAGGCAGCAGUAGCAGCAGCUGGCCACCAGAGGGCAGCCAGCUAACAGCUCCGAUGGCCAAAGAUUCCCACGACGACGAUCGUUUUGAGGCCAAGUGGGCCGCACUGGAGUCCAAACCAGCGUCUCAGCAGCCAGGGAAUAAGGCGCCAGCUGCAGCAGCCAACCCAUUUUCCAACAAUCUGCAAAAGACUUUUGAGAUUGAGCUCUAA